UUUGUCACUUGCAACAUUAAUUUGAUUUUGUAUCUUGUCACUGGCAACAAAAAACAUGCUGCGAGUAACAAAAAAUGUUACUGAAAAAUUCCUUCGUGUCGCCACUUUUAACAGCAAUUCUGAGUCCACAUUUUUGUAUUGAGCCAAUCAGAAUGCAGUAAUUAUACCGAAUUUUUUUCUUGUUGUGAUGGAAUUGUACUUGUUGCGUUGGCAAUUUUUAAGUUUUGUACACGCAUUGAAUUUUAGGCCAAUUAAAAUUUGGGGUCAGGAUUUUGAUAUUUCAUUACCUUGUAUAUGCCUUCUAAAUUUAACUUGAAUGUUUUUGUUGAGUUUAUACUUAUAAAAAUAUUGCUUACAUCUAGUAGUUGUUAUAAAAGAGCGUCAUUUGAGAAACAAGUUUGGUUUCUACAUGGACUUUUUCAAACAAAUUAAUCUUUGGUGGUACAAAUAAGUUUAGGGUUCAAACCAACCUCGUUCCCAGGGCAAGGCCUGGGAUCGAGGUUGGGUCUAAACUUUUUUUUCCAACUUAUAUCUUAUACUUUGUCUUUCGUGAUUACUCGUGUACACAAACAUUUAAGGAAAUGAAAUUUUGUCCGUGUUGACAUUUUCGAUGACCGUGCGAACAUUUCGUGACGUCAUACCUACGAAAGUGGUUUACGUACGAGCGAUCGCAAUUUAAUCGUUCGUUUGUAUGUUUGAAAAGUCCGCCUUUGUUAACAAACAAAAGCAAAUGCUUGCGGUGGCGAGGAGUGAUUAUUUCAAACGACAACGUUCGUCCCCGCGUUGUAAGUUGCAGUUUUAACUAAACUCGUUUUAACUUAUAAUCACCGUAAUCUGACACCAUAAACCCGUCCACAAUACCCGUCCGAAUCAUGAUAUCCUUAUGAAAAUAGGCAGUUUAAUUGAAAAAUCUUGACCUUGUCAAAUUUCAAGGGAAAAAUGUUAGUAUUUUACCUUCAGAGGCUUCUUUGGUGAAAGUGCUUGAACUUUUCAAAGAAGAUGACAAAUUGCUGACAAAAAUUUCAUUUAUCACGUCCACGAUAAUUUGUCACUUUCCAGGCGUCAAUGUGUCCAUCAUGACGAUAAAAAUCGUUUGAGUAAGCAAAAAAUGACACAUGUUCGUGUGGUCAAAAUGUUUGUAAGUAAAUCUUGGUUUUAAAAACAAAUCAUUGCAUCAGAGAGAUGAAUAUGAUGGCUCUCUCAUCAAACUUUUUUUAUUAAAAUUUAAAAUUCUUUACCGCAUCUUAAAUUUUUUAUGCAUUAAUUACUUAUGCUUUGUAUUGUUAUUGGUAACUCCUCAUUGUGUUGUGUUCAUUGUCAGUUAUUACAACACCUGAUCCGCCAUUUUUAAUGAAAUAUUUAAAGACGUGCCGUCAUGCAUUCACUGGAUGUUAAUUCAACAUCACUUCGUGUUAUUAAUGAUGGCGUGUGGCUUCAAGACGAGCGUUGUAAUUAAAUGGAUGACAUUGAUCACGGCAAGGUGAGAGUCCGCUCUUCAUCUUAGAUGUUUUUGUAACAUAAUUUUAUUAAUGAAGCAUUAUGGCAGCAUUAAGAGGACAACCGUCACGGAGUGUUUGGAAUCUUCGAAUAACCGAUGUGACGUCCAAAGGAAAUGUUCGAACGCAUAUGAGUUGCGUAAUAGGCCGAUUUACGAAACUGCGUUGUACUAGUGAACAACCUGGAAACUACUUUGGUGCGAGUAUAAAAGCAGAUGCGCACACGUUCUUGUCAAAUCAUUUUAAGAAAGACAUCGAAGAAGAACGUUAAUUUAUUUAUACACGAAUGUUAUCUGUUAGAACAUCAUUUUUAAAGUUAAGCAGUGCUAAGUAUUUGAAAAGAAUACUAUGCAAUCCAGUCGUAUGGAAGUCGACAUUUCAUCAUGAGGAAGGGUACGGUUAUCGUGUUGACCAUCAUCAUGGAGAACAUCUACAUGACGUCGAACCACAAAAACGAAUAGGACCAUUGGAUGGCGUCCGAGUGUGCGAUUUAAGCAGGGUACUAGCUGGUCCUUAUUGCACCCAAAUACUUGGCGACAUGGGAGCUGAAGUGAUCAAAGUAGAAAGACCAGGUGUUGGUGAUGAUACUCGACAUUUUGGUCCGCCUUUUGUUGAUGGCGAAAGUUGUUACUAUCUCUCGAUUAAUCGAAACAAAAAGAGUAUAGCUAUUGACAUGAAAAAGCCAGAAGGAAAAGAUAUCAUUUACGAGCUUGUGAAAAGCAGUGACGUGUUCGUCGAAAAUUUUGCACAUGGGAAAAUCGAUGCGUUAGGGUUUGGGUACGAGGAGUUAAAAAAGAUCAACCCUUCAUUGGUGUAUGCCUCCAUAUGUGGUUUUGGAUUCCAAGGACCGGAACGCAAUAAACCCGGAUACGAUUUAAUCGCACAAGCUGUUGGAGGUUUAAUGAGUAUAACCGGACCGGAAGGAGGGAACUCCUGCAUUGUUGGUAUAUCGAUUACUGACAUCAUGACCGGAAUGUAUGCCAAUGGAGCGAUCCUUUCAGCUUUAUAUGAACGAAUGAUCACCGGUAAAGGAAAAAAGAUUGACACUUCUCUACUACAAACUCAAGUAGCAUUUUUAUGUCACGUUGCGUCGAAUUACUUAAAUACUGGUCGCAUAGCAACCCGUCAUGGCACCGCUCAUGGAACAAUUGUUCCCUAUCAGGCAUUUGCAACAGCUGACGGACGUGAAAUUGCACUUGCAGCAGCCAACAACAAGCACUUUCAAAACGCAAUGAAGGCGCUUGAUUUACCUGAACUACUUGAAGACGCGCGAUUUGAAUCAAAUCCAAAACGUGUUGAAAACAGAAAAGAACUUAUAAAAAUAAUAGAAGAUAAAAUGCAAACACAAACGUGCGAACACUGGCUUGAAAAACUCAACAACGUCGGCGUGCCUUGUGGUCGUGUAAAUAACGUAAAAGAAGUAUUUGAAAUGCCGCAAGUAGCACAUCUAGACCUUGUUCAAAGUAUACCUCAUCCAACAAUUGGACGUAUUAACGUUGCAGGCUCACCAGUGGCAUACAACGGUGAGAGCGUGCUGCAUCCACCAGUGCAUCCUCCUAUAUUGGGAGAGCAUACUGUAGAUGUUCUGAAAGAGCUAAAUUAUAGUGAUCAUGACAUCAGGACUUUAUUAGAGAAAAACGUCAUUGAAGAUGGAAGUUUAUUAGAAGAAGUAGAAAAAAUGGCGAUGACGGGUUAAACUUGACGUAAAGAUAGUGUCAUGGCGAUUGAAAUGGUUGCCGACGAGUGCUUCUGAGUGUCAAUGACGAGUACAUGACAUUCUCACGACGUGUUCUUGUCAUGGUAAUGGAGACAGCUAAUGAAUACUUAACGACGAAUAUACAGACGUGUUCACGCCAGAUAUAUUUUUAGAAAUAUUUUUAAGAAUCUUCUGCUUUUUAACAAAAAACUAAACACAUUUAUUGCAAACGAGAUGUGAAAAACUUUGUCAACUUGAAAAUAUUAGAGCUGCUCUAUUUUCCAUGUUUUAACUGCUAGGAUAUAUUUAUUGGUCCUAGAACCAUUUUUGUUGUUGUUUAUAGUUUUAAAACGAAAAUAUAGUAGUUAUAAAUACUAAAUUAAAAUAUUAUUUAUUUUAACAUCUUCCUAUUUAAUUUAUUACUUUGUAACUUCCAGUCUUCUGGAUUAGAAAAAAAAUAGUAAAAGUAUUUAAAAGAAAAAAAAAAGUAGAAAAAUUUAUUUAUUGAUGGCUGAAAUUAAAGAUGUAGUAGUGUGUUCUAAAAAAUAAAUAUUUCAGCUUAUGCAA